CAAGACAAGGGUGCUGUGCCAGAAUGAUCGCAGGACUGUCUGCUUUGAUUCUUCUUAGAACUGUGUGCCUGAUUCAAAGUGCAGACACUCCUCAGCAGGUGUCUUUGACUGUGGCUGAACUUGGCGGGAAUGCUAUUUUGCAGUUUCAUGUUUCUGACAAGAAUGAAGAAUUCUUUCAGUUGUAUAAGCAGCCUCUUGGAUAUUUGGCCCAACUAGUAGCUGCUGCAUAUUUUGGCAAAUUAACUGUUAGUGAACAAUUUCAUGACUCGCGUUUUGCAAUCAGGGAAAAGGAUUCUCGGUAUUUUCUUACCAUCAGAAAUGUCAGCAGAGAGGAUGAAGCAACGUACCUCUGUCAGAGUGGAACGGUGUAUUCACAGAGUUUCGUUUAUGGCAUCUUCCUGGCUGUUAAUGACCAUAGUCAGCAGAAAUCUGUCAACGUGAGGCAAAGUCCACAGGCAGCAUCAGUGCAGCCGGGCGGCUCAAUGACUCUCCGGUGUUCACUUCUCUCCAAGAACAAAGACGACAGAGUCCACUGUCCAGGUGAACACAGAGUCUACUGGUUCAGAUCUGGACCAGGAAAAUCUCAUCCAGCCAUCAUUUACACUCACAGGAACAGAAGUUGUGAACAAAAGGAAAGAAGCUGCGUCUACAGCCUGUCCACAACGAUAAGAGACUCCUCUGAUGCUGGGAUUUACUACUGUGCUGUGGUCACAUGUGGACGGAUCCUGUUUGGUGAAGGAACUAAAGUGGACACAAGAAAUGUUUCUGAUCCAGGAUCAGAAGUGGACCCAGUUGUCCUUGUGCUCGGUGUACUGCUGGCCUGCUGUUUCACUGUGAUUGUCGUCCUUAUUUUACGCUUAAAUCGAAGGAAAGUUUGCGAACAUUGCAAAGGAGCAAUGAGUGCCUCCCAUCAUUUCGGACAUGACAAGUCAGCUGCGGAUCAAUCAGAUCAUCUGGACGAUGACGCAAAGUCAGAGAACUACGCGGCUCUGGAUUUCACCACGAGGAAAGUGAAAAGAGAGACGAAGAAGAGCGAGUCGCCACAAGAGUGUGUGUACGCUGCUGUGAGAGUAGCUUACCACAACCAGCAGCUCCCCUCUCUACGGACACAGCACGGCCUCUGAACUGCUCCCCAGGUCUCUGCAGAGGGCCUCAGCUUAGCUACACCUUUCACAUGCAACACUUUAUGUAUUUUAUUCCCCUCUGAUGCCAGAGAGUGACAGGAAGACAGCUGAUUAUGUAGGGGAGCUCUGUGGAUGCUCCUGGUGUUCUGUUGACAUUAAAGCAGAUAUGGAGUAACUGCAUCUACAGUCAUUCUUUUACUUGAUAAACUCUUAUUUUGUUUCCAUGUCUUAUGUAAUUCUGGCACAUUUUUGCACAGUGACAGAUCAUGACAGUACCAAUACUAUGGUACGGUUUCUCUUUUGACAUAAUUUGAUGUAGUUCUUGAUUCAAGUUCACAGAAGCUGUCAUGUCUUUGGGUCAUAGACAUCAGUAUAUUCAUAGGAAUAAUAAGUUAGUGAAAAAGAUUUUAAAUAAGUUCAUAGAUGGAAAUAAAUAAGUUAAAAAUGUAUGAUAAAAAUGGUUAAAAGCUAAGGUUAAAAGUUACAAAGUGAGACAUCUCCAUAAAAGAUCGUUUUGGUCACAGCAGAGUGAGUGCUCCUCCCGCUAUAGACAAGCUAUGUGUGUUUUUCCUCUCAGUGAAAACAUCAUAUGUGUACAAAGCACUUAUAGAGGUCACAAUGUUUCUGAAAAGACAUUUGAUAUAAGUUAGUUAAAUCAAUCAUGUUUGUACUAGCAGUUACAUGUGUAUUAGCUAACUGCUUGUGUCCCAUGCACUUUAGUAUUGUAAUUGCAGUUUUUGUAUGUUGCAGUUACCACAUUCAAACAUGUUGCAAGAGCUCCAUAAAGCAAGAAAAGAAAGCCUUUUCUUGUUUGGUUCGCUGGCUGUCUAGCAGCAUACAGAGGCACGUGUUGUGCGGACAGCACAGAAGCUUUGCAAAUAAGAAAAACAAUAAAGAAAAAGCAGCAUGAAUACAUUCUGAAGACAGU